CACUAAGAUUCAUGUCCGCUAGUUUAGAUACGUUAAGUUCGAAUCUUUUACAAGCCGAUAAAUCAAAAUUUGAGUCUAUUCUUUCAUCAUAUCAGGAGAAAGAUUUAGAUUUAGUUUUUAGAAAAGGUGUAUUUUGCUACGAGUGGAUGGAUGACUGGAGUAAACUAUCUCAAACCUCUCUACCCUCAAUUGAAGAAUUUUACAGUUCACUAUCAGAAAAACAUAUUUCCACUCAAGAUUAUGAACACGCUCAAAAUGUAUGGAAACGGUUCAAUCAUAAAACAAUGAGGGAUUAUUGUUUAUGGUAUAAUAAACUUGAUGUGUUACUUUUAUGCGAUGUUUUCGAAGCUUUCAGAGAUUUAUGCCAUAAGACUUAUGGCCUCGAUCCCUGUUAUUACUACACAGCACCGGGGUUGUCAUUUGAUGCAAUGUUAAAAAUAACGAAUGUAGAGCUGGAAUUGUUAAGCGACUACGAUAUGUUGCUUUUUAUGGAAAACGGAAUUCGUGGUGGUCUUACACAAGCUGUGAAAAGAUACAGCAAGGCGAAUAAUCCACAACUGAGUGAUUAUAAUACCAACAACCCUACUAGUUGGAUAAUUUACCUAGAUGCAACAAACCUAUAUGGCUGGGCAAUGUCGCAACCGCUUCCUAGAAAACAUUUUAAUUGGUACGAAGGUGAUUUAUCUAUAAAUACUGUAAGUGACUUGCUAGAGAACACUGAUUCAAAUUCGGAUACUGGUUAUAUGCUAGAAGUUGACAUUGACUACCCCAAAUCACUACAUGAUGCACACUCUGACUUACCUUAUCUGAGCGAAAAAUUUUUACCACCAGGUUCUAUUGUUCCUAAAUUAUGUGCUACUCUAAUUAAUAAAAAUAAUUAUAUAGUACAUUAUUCGACUCUGAAACAAGCGAUGGAUGCUGGUUUGAAACUCAAAAAGGUACAUAGGAUAUUGCAAUUCGAGCCGAGUGCAUGGCUGUCAAAAUACAUUAAACUCAACACAGACAAACAAAAGAUAGCCACUAGUGAAUUUUUAAAAAAAUUUUAUAAAUUAAUGAAUAAUGCCGUAUUUGGAAAAACCAUGGAAUCGUGUAGAAAGAGAAUGAAAAUGAAUUUAGUUACAAAUGAAAAAACAUUUCAACGGUUGGUUAAUAAACCAAAUUUUAAAGACAUAACAAUCUACGAUGAAACAUUUUGUGCGGUUCACCUCAAUCAUGACGUCAUUACUUUUGACAAACCAAUAUAUGCUGGUUUUAGUAUAUUAGAAAUUUCUAAAACUUUAAUGUAUGAUUUCCACUAUAAUACCAUGCGUAAGUUUUACGGUAAAAGUAUAGAGUUAAUCUAUAUGGAUACCGACUCUCUUGUUUAUUUAAUUCACACGGAUGAUUUUUACGAAGAUUUACUGAAAAAACCAGGGUUUUUACAAAAACUGGACACUUCAAACUUAGACCCUAACCAUAAAUGCUAUAACACAGAACGUACUAAAUUACCAGGUACUUUUACAGAUGAAGCAUUGGGGAAGAUUAUUGAAGAAUUUAUUGCUUUACGAUCUAAAUCUUAUGGUUAUACAAUGGAUUCCCGGGAAAAAAUAAAGGCAAAAGGAGUUGGAAGACAUGUAACUACAAAUCAUUUGACGAUGAUGGAUCAUAAACAAUGUCUUUUUAGAGGGAUGACUACAACACAUAUUGAAAAAAUAGAUGAAAACUACACACCAGAGAGGGAAAUCACAUCAUUUAGAUCAUACCAACAUCGCAUGAAAACUAUACAGACUAGAAAACUUGCAUUAAAUCGUUAUGAUGACAAGAGAGUAGUAUUAUCUAAUCAAAUCGAUACUUUGCCACAUGGACAUUAUAUGCUUGAAAAAUUAAGGAUCGAAGGAAAACUAGCUUUUAAUAAUUAAAAAUUAUAUAAUAUAGUAUAAUAUAAUAAUUUUAUAAAAAUACCACCACUGACCACUACUAUAUUGGUAAAGGUUAUCAAUCACUUAACCACCUAUUGCACACACAACAUAUAUCACAUUCGAUUUUAAACUAUGUGCUUUAUUAUUCAGAGGGGGGGGUAUAAUAUUAUUAUUAUUUCUAAGAUUUUUUUUUAUUUAUAACAUUUAAUUUUUUUAAUUACACGUAUACAUAAUACACACUUACAUACUGUACUCACUACUUAGAUCACUGGUUUUGCGCAGGCGAUCCCUCCCACCUCCAGUGACUCUAAUUACACUCAUUACAAACCAAUAGGUGGGGGAGUUCUCGAGUGGUAUAAUAAGUUUUUUUUAUUUAUUAUUAUUA